GGUAGAGUUCUUCAUUCAUAUAAUGACAAAUACAUGUGUCCGACUUACCAACACAGAUAAACAUCAGAUGCUAUAACUACUGCUAAAGAAAAAUAGACUGUAAAAGUUGAAAAAUAGGGUUGAGGAUUAGGCGUUUGAUUGUAUUGCACAUGGGGUUAGUAAACAUCGACGCGCGCGCAGCCGAUGGUUCGGCUCGUCAGUUUAAAGCCGGCAGCUAUUCAGAGGCACGCGUCCACUAACUCGCGCGCACGUGUCGAAAUCGAAAUUUAAAAAACGAUUUUUAAAAUUUUAUAUGAGGAGUGCCGCAAGGGUGCGUUUUUGGUCCAGUGUUUAAAAUAUCGAUCCAGUUCAUAGUGUUCUAGUGAUUUUAAUUCAUGUGCAGUGGUCCAUUGGGAUGCUGAUAUAAAUGAUAUCCAACACGAUGCCAACCACACGAUACCAACGAUAAAAUAGUGCCUUAAAACUGUGCCAACGCUAAAAAGCAUACAUGUGUGACAAGAAGUUUUUGGCCGCGGAGGAGAAGAUGACGUGUCCGGAGUCCAGGAUCAUGAUCAGGUCCAGUGAUGGACGGACAAACUAUUACAGGACACAGAUCCUGGCAGCUCUGGCAGUGUCCCUCGGGCCCUUCGCAGCCGGGCUCAGCAAGGGCUACAUGUCUCCUGCCAUCGCGUCGCUACAGGACACAAAACCUGGCGGCUUCGCCGUAAGCGAUCAGCAGGCUAGUUGGAUCGCUAGCCUGAGUUUAUUAGGUGCACUUUUCGGUGGAGUGAUCGGCGGUCUGGCCAUGCGGUUGGGUCGACGAUCUGUGCUGUUAGCUGCCGCCCUCCCCUAUACGUUGACUUGGCUGGCCACUGCGCUGUCUACUGGGGUCGACAUGAUCUCCAUAACAUCAUUCUGUGGAGGGAUGUUGGUGUCCUGUAUAUCUAUGAUUACACAGGUAUACGUCACUGAAAUCGCCGUCCCAGACAUCAGAGGCUGCCUGAGCUCCGUGCUCAAGAUCCUCAGUCAAAUAGGCAUCCUCAUCUCCUACUCUUUAGGGGCCUAUUUGGAAUGGCAUCAGCUCGCUUUAGUCGUCGCCUCAGCACCAGUGCUACUCUUCUUUGCUUUACUCUUCAUACCAGAGACUCCAUCCUCUUUACUCUUAAGAGGAAAGGAGGAAGAAGCUUCAAGUGCCUUACAAUGGUUAAGAGGACCGGACGCAGAUGUCAGGCAGGAGUUAGUCACUAUUAGAACAAACAUACUCGCCAGUAAGCGAUGCCAUGAUGGUGGGAAGCUGAAGGCUCUUCUAUCAAAGAGAUUAACCAGACCAGUCUUAAUAACCUGUGGUCUUAUGUUCUUCCAAAGAUUCACGGCCGCUCACGCUUUUAACUUCUACGCUGUUAAUUGGUUCAGGAAGACUUUGAGAGUCCUAAGUCCUCACGGAGGUGCUAUAGCUACUAGCGUAGUCCAGCUUCUAGCAUCGUGCCUAUCAGGGAUGCUGAUAGACCAUGUAGGAAGACUACCACUUUUACUUAUAAGCGGGGCAAUGAUGUCGCUAGCGUUAGCUGGAUUUGGAUCGUACGCUUACUACCAAGAUGUAAUCUUGACGAGUAGUAAUGUUGACUCCGGAUCAUAUGACUGGAUUCCUUUACUCUGCGUUCUGACGCUUACCAUUGCUUUUUCUCUCGGCAUCAGCCCCAUAUCUUCACUAUUAGUAGGAGAACUAUUUCCUCUGGAGUAUAGGAGUACGGGGAGCGCUUUAGCUACCAGCUUCAGUCAUUUUUGUGGCUUCAUGAACGUGAAGACGGCAGCAGAUUUCCAGGAACAUAUAGGCUUGUAUGGCUUGUUCUGGUUGUAUGCUGGUCUUUCUGUCUUGUGUCUCCUAUUUGUUAUUCUUUUCGUGCCGGAAACGAAGGGGCGUGAAAUUGAUGAAAUGGACCCGAAAUAUGUCGAAUCGCUUUGUAUAAAUCGAUAGUACGAAUGACGUAGGCUUUAGAUGUUUGUUGCGCAGAAUAUGCUCUGAACGUCACAAAGUUUAAAAUUCAGCCGUAUUUACAUUGGUAUACGAUUGAAUAUAGAAAAGAACCUUGUGAUAAUACUUAACGAUGUAAUCAUAUUGAUGAUGUCAAUUUUCAUAUUUAGACCGUAUUCUGCUCGACAAACGUAGUUUUUAAGCUUAAUUAAAUAAUUAGGUAGAAUUGUUAAUAAAUUUGGGCUACUAUAGAGUAAGCUAUCUGUCAGAUAGUGUAUAUUAAAUGAGAUUAUCUUUAAGAUAGCCCCAGUCUUCCAAGCUCAUACAGACAGAUCAUACACACGUAAUGGCAUUAUUUAUAGAUAGGUAGUACUUUAUUAUAUUGUACAUAUCUGUCAUUGUCACGUCAAUAUGAACUUUUUAAUGUAAUCUAUUCAAAUGAUGCAUCUUUCGCUCACAUAAUUUGAAGUUACUUGUCUUUAAAAUACAUCACGUAUAGCUACUCCAUACACGAUCAUAAAAUGUGAUGGUAUUGUUUAAAUAUACAAUCAUCAGCAAACACAUCUUGCACAGCGAAGCAAGCAAAUAAUAACUCAUUAAAGCAAAAAAUAUUACUUUGCUAAUCCGCGAGAAAAUGACGUCUUAGUCAAUCAGUGCUAACCCGUUAUACUUACUUGCGUAUUUUUACAUGCAAUUAAUGUUCCCACCCUCCCACCGCAAAAA